CAAUUGUUUUCAUGAAUUGACGUGUCGUGUCGAAUGCGAAAAAACGCAGAAUAGACCGUAAACAGAACAGCGUAGACUCGCAUGGAGUUCCUGAAGAGUGGCAUAAAGACGGUGCUGGGCGGCACGGAGCCGGGCCAGCAGCCGAGUGCCGCCGAGACGGUGGAGAAGCUGGUGGACCGCGUUUACUCCUCGACGCUCCUGGAGGAUCGCCGCGAUGCCUGCCGAGCACUGAAGGCCCUCUCCCGCAAGUACCGCAUCGAGGUGGGCGCCCAGGGGAUGCCGCCGCUGGUCCAGGUGCUCCAGAACGAUGGCCAGGAUGCGGAGAUCAUUAGCUAUGCUUUGGACACACUGUGCAACGUGGUGACCAGCGAGGAGUUCGACGAGGAGGCCGACAAUCCCACCGUUUCGGUGAAUGUGGGCGAGCAGUUCACGGAGAUGUUCAUCAAGACGCCGGAGCAUGUGACCGUGGUGAUGGGCUACCUGGACGAGUACGAUUUCCGGGUGCGCCGUGCCGCCAUUCAGCUAAUAACAUCCCUAAUCUCGAACAAGACGCGGGAGCUGCAGGAUCUGGUCCUGGUCAGCCCGAUGGGCGUGUCCAAGCUGAUGGAUCUGCUGACCGACAGCCGCGAGGUGAUCCGCAACGAUGUGCUGCUGCUUCUGAUCGAACUGACCAAGGGCAACUCGAAUAUCCAGAAGAUUGUGGCCUUCGAGAAUGCCUUCGAUCGUUUGUUCGAGAUUGUCCGCGAGGAGGGCUGCUCGGAUGGCGGCAUUGUGGUCGAGGACUGCCUCAUCCUGCUGCUGAACCUCCUCAAGAACAACUCGAGCAAUCAGCAGUUCUUCAAGGAGGGCAGCUACAUCCAGCGUUUGGCCCCGAUGUUCCAACUUUCGCCGGAUGCCGAGGAAGCUGGCUGGUCGCCGCAGAAGGUCUCCAACUUCCACUGCCUGCUGCAGGUCGUCCGUGCUCUGGUCACGCCCAGCAAUCAGCAGCAGGUGGUGGCCGCCUGCCAGCGGGUGAUGCAAAAAUCCCGCCUGCUUCACGCCCUCUGCGAGAUCCUCAUGAGCAGCGGCGUGCCGGCGGACAUACUCACGGAGACCAUCAAUGCGGUGGCCGAGGUGGUGCGCGGCGAUCGCGACAAUCAGGAUGAAUUGGGUCGGGUUAUGGCGCCCAGCAGUCCACCCAGACCGGCCAUUGUGGUGCUCCUAAUGUCCAUGAUCAACGAGAAACAGCUGCUCGCUUUGCGCUGCGCCGUUCUCUACUGCUUCGAGUGCUUCCUCUACCGCAACGCGGAUGGCCAGCGGGCGGUGGUGCAGACGCUGCUGCCCUCCAGUGCCUCCGAUGUGAGUGCCCUGUCCACGGGUCAGCUCCUCUGCACCGGACUCUUCUCCUCUGACGCCCUGGCCAAUUGGUUUUCGGCCGUGGCCCUGAUGCAUUCGCUCGUGGAGAAUGUGGCGCUGAAAGAGGAACUACUGCGCGUUUUGCUGGCCACUCCUGGCGGCCAGAGGCCCAUCACGCUGCUCGAGCAGUGCAGCAAUCUCAUGCAGCAGGAGCGCUACCGCCUGCAGAGCAAGGUGGGCCUGCUGAUGCUGCUCAGCCUCUGGCUGGCCCACUGCCCCGGUGCGGUGAAGGCGCUGCUGGAGACGCAGGGCACCAUGGCCUAUUUGACGGCCCAGCUCUGCUCCAAUGAGCACGACGAGCGCGAGUUCCUCGUGCAGGGCAUGUGCGCCUUCCUCAUGGGCCUGUGCAUCCAGUUCAACGACAACUCGCUGCCCGGCCAGAAGCGCGAGGACAUCAGCCAGCUGAUCAUCAAGCGCAUCGGACAGGAGAGCUUCUGCAGCAAGCUGGCGGAGGUGUCGCGCCACGAGGCUUAUAGUCGGGCCUGCAAACAGGCGCAGAUCCGGGCCAAGUCCGCCGGCGAACUGCUGCUCGACUACGAGUACUGCAAGCUGUACAAGGGACUGGAGGCGCUGAUUGCCAAGCUGGUGAGCGGCUUCGAUGUGGACGGCAUCGAACUGACCGAGCUGACGCUCAGCUCGGAGGCUUCUGCUUUGGUCUCGCAGUACAAGGGGAUUAUCCGUGGCAUGGAUGGGCAAAUACAGGCACUGCAGCAAUCCUCUAAAGAACUGGAGCAGCAGAAUGCCGAGCUGAAGGAGAAACUCGGCGAGGAGCAGUCGCUGCGAGCGCAGCUUUCGGACCAGAACACACUGCUCAAGGCGCAGCUGGGAGCUUCAGCGGGACAGGAAUCGGAGGGCACAGGAGCAGCCAACGAGGAGGAGCUGAAUGCGGCUCGCUACCAGGCCAACAUGUACUUCGCCGAGAACAUCCGACUGACCAAGGAACUGGAGACGCUGCGCCAACAGUUCUCCGGCGAGAAGCAGCGGGCGGAUGCGGCGCAGGAAUCGCUGGCGGCCACGCAAAAGGAUCAGGAGGAUCUGCUCGAGCUGCUGGCCGAUCAGGAGGCCAAGCUGACGCGCUACGAGGAGGCGGCGGCGGCGGCGGCGACAUCUUUACCAGCUGCCAAUGAAGCGGAGGAGAGUCCCAUCCCAAGUGGCACCGCCAGCAGAUAGGGAUGAGGAUAUCACAACUGGAAGCUGCUCGACUGCCCGAAAACCCUUAACCAUCUUAUAUACACACAUUCUACUUGUUUUUAUUUAUAUAUAUUUUACCUACGUACAGAAUAUAUGCCUAGAUCGGAA